AUGGAUCCAAUAUCGCGUAGUUCGCUCAAAACCGUAAGAGGAAUUGAUCCGAUCAUCGUGGAUUCACGCAGUGGACUGGUCACUCGCGGGAAUGCUGAAAAUUUGCCGUUUGCUGACAAAUCGUUCGACAUUAUCCUGAACAUUGAGAGCAGUCAUUUAUAUGUGAGCUGUCAGCAGUUCUUCCGUGAAUGUUCCCGGGUGCUCAGUGAACACGGUUUUCUAUGCUGGGCUGAUAUUCACUAUACUCAUAAGCUGAAUUUAACGCUGAAUGAAGCGGAGCAAUCCGGUCUGCGGCUAAUCCAGCUGGAAGACAUUACGGAACAAGUGCUGCAAGGCAUUGCAGUAACAUCGGCAAGAUACGAUGCGAUGCUCCAAACUGCCCCGUAUUUCAUUCGUUUGUUUCGAAACUCCAUACGUGCAACAUACUGUGCGCCUGGGACAGAAAGUUAUCGGCGUUUAAUGAAACGCGAAAAGAUCUACAUUUGCGCUUGCUGGACAAAUCGCUGA